GACUUCAGUGGCUUGUUUACCAUCUGCAGAGUUCAGUUUGGUAUUUAGUGCCUAGAAGGAAAGUGAUAAUUUCAAGUCUAUUGAUUGGUUCUUGACUCCAGGCUUCACUGUAAAGGUGGAGACCUGUAGCAGAAGAAUCAUAUUUUAUCUAUAUGGAAACCGUUGUUAAGGGCGACAUGGGAGGACUACAUAGAUCCUUACUGUGCCAAGGCCCUGUGAAAAUAACAAUCUACAAAAAAAGGAAGAAAAAACAUCUUUCCUUAUUUAAUGAUGUUUUGGUUGUAUCUAGUAACUUGAAAAAGAAGAAGUUUAAGAUAAAAUGUAUCAUACCACUGAAAAACCUGUGGGCCGUGGAUGAUGUGAUCUUUUACAGGGGAAACAAAAACUAUAGUUCCACGACCCUUUACCUGUUUUGGCCGGAUGGAAAAUUUUUUGCUACUUUUGGUUCAAAAGAACAGAAAGAUCAGUGGUACUAUUUUCUCAAAAGGUCCAUUAAUAACGCCAAGAGGGGUAUGAAGAAAACAUUCUCACUGCAGAUAUUCACCGAGAACAUACCAACUUGUGACAGUCCUUUAUUUGUAUCAACAACAACCAUCGAUAAGGUGAAUGAUAUAAUGAAGAAGCUACUACCAAUGAUUAGAGUGCCUCACAUUGAAGAUUACCAACUGUGGUUCUGUCCUGGCCAUGAGAAAGCUCCAAGAGCACUCCAAGGCCACGAGUGUCCACAUGAUAUUAUACUGACCAACCUUCAAAAUAACUUAAGUAGGCUGAACUCAAAAAUGUUCCCUGCUUUUCCUGCCUUGCCUGGGCUUCUUGUGAAUGACACAUACUUGGAUGCACAGGGACAAUUCAUCUUAAAGCCCAUCUUAAUGUACUCAGCUAAAAGCCAGCAGCAAUAUUCAGAGAAAAUACAAGAAAAUGUGCCUGCAACCGAGAAGGCAACAUUUAAAAAUCUACCAUCACAAGUGAAAAGUCAACUAGUUCCUAAAUUUCCAUCCAUUGUUUGCUUCAAAAAAUUGCUGCCAGCACCAAUACUUGAUUUCACUAGAAAUAUACAAGGAAACAUGCUUUCUUCAGAUUCAUAUGAAAAUUGGAUUAGUAUCCCAGAUGAAACUUCUGUGCUUGCAAAAAGUUCUGCUAUACAAAGUAUUUCAUUGAAAAUGCCGCAACCAUACUUCUUGUUGUGCAGCUAUCUUCUCCGUGAGUUACCAAAAAUGACAACCUCUUCCAGGAUUCACCUAGACAUGGACCUCUCAUCUCUCCACGUAGCUCCUCAUGUGCUAUGGGAUCCGACUUGCAGGAACUCAUUAGUCGGGAGUGACCACUCUGAAAAUGAUUUCACUAGAAAUAUACAAGGAAACAUGCUUUCUUCAGAUUCAUAUGAAAAUUGGAUUAGUAUCCCAGAUGAAACUUCUGUGCUUGCAAAAAGUUCUGCUAUACAAAGUAUUUCAUUGAAAAUGCCGCAACCAUACUUCUUGUUGUGCAGCUAUCUUCUCCGUGAGUUACCAAAAAUGACAACCUCUUCCAGGAUUCACCUAGACAUGGACCUCUCAUCUCUCCACGUAGCUCCUCAUGUGCUAUGGGAUCUGACUUGCAGGAACUCAUUAGUCGGGAGUGACUGCUCUGAAAAUGAUUUCACUAGAAAUAUACAAGGAAACAUGCUUUCUUCAGAUUCAUAUGAAAAUUGGAUUAGUAUCCCAGAUGAAACUUCUGUGCUUGCAAAAAGUUCUGCUAUACAAAGUAUUUCAUUGAAAAUGCCGCAACCAUACUUCUUGUUGUGCAGCUAUCUUCUCCGUGAGUUACCAAAAAUGACAACCUCUUCCAGGAUUCACCUAGACAUGGACCUCUCAUCUCUCCACGUAGCUCCUCAUGUGCUAUGGGAUCUGACUUGCAGGAACUCAUUAGUCGGGAGUGACUGCUCUGAAAAUGAUUUCACUAGAAAUAUACAAGGAAACAUGCUUUCUUCAGAUUCAUAUGAAAAUUGGAUUAGUAUCCCAGAUGAAACUUCUGUGCUUGCAAAAAGUUCUGCUAUACAAAGUAUUUCAUUGAAAAUGCCGCAACCAUACUUCUUGUUGUGCAGCUAUCUUCUCCGUGAGUUACCAAAAAUGACAACCUCUUCCAGGAUUCACCUAGACAUGGUCCUCUCAUCUCUCCACGUAGCUCCUCAUAUGCUAUGGGAUCUGACUUGCAGGAACUCAUUAGUCGGGAGUGACCGCUCUGAAAACGAUUUCACUAGAAAUAUACAAGGAAACAUGCUUUCUUCAGAUUCAUAUGAAAAUUGGAUUAGUAUCCCAGAUGAAACUUCUGUGCUUGCAAAAAGUUCUGCUAUACAAAGUAUUUCAUUGAAAAUGCCACAACCAUACUUCCUGUUGUGCAACUAUCUUCUCCGUGAAUUACCAAAAAUGACAACCUCUUCCAGGAUUCACCUAGACAUGGUCCUCUCAUCUCUCCACGUAGCUCCUCAUGUGCUAUGGGAUCCGACUUGCAGGAACUCAUUAGUCGGGAGUGACCGCUCUGAAAAUAUGACUUUUAGACAAGUCAUGAUUGACAACAAUGUAGAGGUUUUGGAAGACAAUGAUUAUACAGUUGGUAGUGAUAUUCAAGAUGGGUCUGAUGACCUAAAGAUGUCACAAAAUACUGCUGGAUGGAACAUUGGAAAAACUUCAACAUAUAAUGUUCCACAAAGGAAUUAUUUCUUACAAAUAGUUUUAGUUGCUAUAUUUAUGUUUAUGGUGUGUAUUACAUAUAUUUACUUAUUAUAAUAAAUUUUAUUAAAUUACAUUGUUGCUGAG